UACCAUCCUUUGAUAUGGAUCCAUACAAAGAUCUGCCGCAUGAAACAUUGACCAAUGAUGCUGCUCACGGCAGCCCCCUUGAUCUGACCAGCUCGAUGGAGGCAGAAGAAACAGGUUGCUGUCUUGUUCACCUCCCCCCCCCCAGCGAUCGCUCGUAACCUACCUUUAGCAUAUACACAUGGACUGUGCACAAACUGAUCUGUUUCCGCUACCAGAAGAAGCUCUUCUAAACAAGCUUGAAGGAAUCCAGAGGAGAAACAAGAUCCGACGUCAGAUUCUUGCAGCCUGCCAAGAGUCUAUUCAGAUCAUGGAGCAGAUCAAGGCGUAUGAACUCAAGAGCCAGGUGGACGAGCUCACAAUCGAGAACGCCGCACUGCUCCAGAAGAUUGGUUUUCUUGAGGGAAAACUAGCUAAACCGCAGGGUGAUGGAAGCAUCUCUAAAGUUUGCGACAGUCAGAAUCAGAAUCAAAGAUCAAUGAAGGAGCAGACAAAUAUCAAGAAUGAUCCAGCUUCCGGCCGAGGUCCUUGCAGGCUCGCCCACAAUUCGGAGACGGUCGUGGCCGUCCCCAGAGCAUCCAAGAGCCAAGACAAGCCCCACCCAUCUUCUCAGUCGCCGAGGCCUGCAACGGCGGUGUUGGAAAUGUUGCCGGCAGACCCCAAGUCAGCAGCGGAGCCGCAGCAAACCCGGGCAGAUCAUGAGGCUGAACUCGCCUCUGGACCCGACGACAUCGAACCGCUCUCAGGCAUUGCUUUGCGGAAUCGAGUGACUUCGGCCGCCAUUUUCACUAGCAGAAUGGCUGGCCGACGACUGAUUCGACUGGGAAAUGUCACCGUUGAAAGCAAAGGCACGGAAAGUAUUGCAGGUGACUGGGUCACCGUGGGCAUAAUCGGCAACAAAUCUGAGCCCAGAACCAGCAAGAUUCAAUCAAAGUACAUUGUCGUGACCUUGACUGAUCUGAAGGGAACGGCUCUGAAUCUGUUCUUGUGGAAGUCGGCCUUCGAAAAGCAUUGGAAAAUAUUGCCUGGGACGGUCGUGGCGAUGCUGAAUCCCCGGAUCAAACUGCCAACUCAGACUACCGGGGUCCUCGGGUUGAAUCUUGAUGAUUCAAACCAGCUCAUGGAGAUUGGCACAAGCAAGUACUUUGCUUACUGCCAAGGACUCAAGCGAGUGGGAUCACUGUGUCAAGAAAUUAUUGAUCUCCGCCACGGGGAGUAUUGCAAGUUCCAUGCAACACACGCCUAUCGACAAGCAAAGUCGAAUCGCCCAGAGCUUUCGCUGAGUGACUCGGUCACUCCUUCUCAUAAGGAGCUCUCAAAGCGAAUGCACGCAAGGAACCAUAUGGCAAUGGAUUCAUCGUACGUUAUGAAAAGUGGCGAGGUGCUUUCGAUCUCAGACAGCGGAUGUGCCCACAGGCAGAAGGGCCAAGGCGGAAAGCGUGAAUCAGUAGUGAUCGAGGAGCAGAUGAUGCAAAUCAUCCAAUUCGAUUCAUCCGCCGGAGCACGAGCACUUAAACGGGCGCGCGGAAUUGAAGUCGAAGAAACCGGAGCAGAUCCGAAACUUAGACUCGUGAGCAACGACUUUGUGAGUCGCAUGGGCUUUGAUCCUAUCACUGGCCAAACGGUGCGCACCAAGCCCAUCGCCCCGGGGCCCAAGGCGACGACGGAAUCGACCGAUGUUUCCAGAGGCGUUAUCCUGGACAUGGACAGCGAUGACGAAGGCAGCAGCAACCAAGACAGCCUGUUCCAGAAAUUCAUGGAGCGGAAGAAGACGGGGAAUAGCACCUGAAGACGUAGCAGGGUCGUGCGAGACCCGGGAGAGGCAUCAUUUUGCUUGCCAAUUGCCCCUCUGUUUUCUGGACCCCAAAUGCACAAAUCCAGUAUUCUACAGUUGUUCCAGAAAACGGGACUUUGCCCCUUUCUCUGGCAUCAGAGGCCUGGAGCCUGGUGAACUUUAGUAGGCCCUGGUGAGCAAGCCGUGUGAUUGCUUCGUUUCUGGUUGGAAAACACCGCCCCGAAUCCACCCGGUCGAUCUCCUGUGGCGACGAUCUCCUGUGGCAACGAUCUGCUGGCAUGCCGGGACCAUGUUCCUGGCUGCAUCGAUGGCUCGAUUUGGGGGUGGAAUCGCUCGAAUAUCAAGUCAACCUGACUCCCCGUGGGUUGGAAGCGUAUCUCUUCCUUUGCUCCCACGAAGCGUUUCCCAGGCGAUCACAAUGUUGGUCUUCUUGGGCACACUGUUUGGCCA